AUGCCUACUGAUACGGAAACGCUGUCGCUUCCUCCGACAACAGACCCGACUGAUUUCGCAUCACCAGCCCCUUGCCCUCUCAAGCAAACGGGUAACACCAACUGGGAGUGCAGCUUGAACGAGCGAGAUUCAGUAGACUGUGAUACCAACAUCACCAGGCCGUGUUCGUUGUCCAAGUCCAAGGUUGGAUGUGACGUAGCAUCUCCAUCUCAGAUGCAUCCUAUGGGAAGACCACAACAGGAUGCCUAUCACGACAACAUGUCGGAUUCUGGAAGUAGCAAUAUCAGCAGCAGCGCCUUCAGUCAAACUACCGUGGAAGAAUCAUGCAGGAGGGCCUUGUCUCAUUUUCCGCGACCAGCCAUUUCCUUUCCUAUGCCGGCGAUGGAAUUUGAUUUUCGAAUCGCUGUCGCCCUGAACCCAGAACCAUCACGCGUGGAAAACAAAGUCAAGAAGGAAAUCACCACUGUGGCGGCAGGACAAUGGUCGGGCUCUUUUGGGAACGGACGUGUCCUUGCAGGAGGGUAUGAUCUGGGCCAAGCCAGGGGCUUUAGACCCAUUCGUAUUGUCGAGGGUGCGUUUGUUCUGCAGACCACAGACCAACCGCCUGCCAUACUUGAGAUGCGAACUCGAGGCUCCCUUUCCGGCCCUUGCGAUGUCCUGGACUCAUUGCUCGGCCUCGGCCAGUCGAAAGAUAUCGACCCGCGCCUGUAUGGCUUCCGGAUGUUUGCGACGGUGAAAACACCGGACAAGCGUUACGCAGAGAUUGUCAACUGUGGCCUGUGGGUGGCCAGUGGCAUGUGGUCUGGCGAAGAGCUCAUAAUUGAUUGCUACCGCAUCACUUGA